CUACCCUGCGUAGCAUGCUCAAGGGAGCUAAGCAAGAAGGGAUUGGGGUGGAUAUCCUCCUUCUCCUGAAGGAGGAGGUCGGGCUCCCCUGCUCUGACUCUGACUCCUCGUCUCCUCCUUCAGGAGAAGAAGGAGGCGAGCAAGAUAAGAGAAAUGGGACCACCCGAGAUGGACUCGGAAGAGCUCCCUUUGGUCUUGCUUAA